AUGGGCCUCAGCAUCCCGAACAGCCGUCUACAGAGCUGGAGCCGGCAACCUAUGUCGCGUGCACAGGACGAAUCAGCUCCGCAACCGCCUGCUACAGCUGCACCAGCCCACAACACUCGAUCUGCCCAUGCUGAGCCCACAUCCUGUGCCCCGGAGAGAUGGAGGAGCACGGGUGCGCCUCACAUGACGACUGAGCGGAGUGAGACGAGCAUCUCGGUACACGUGAAGCAUGGAGACGCUGAAACGGGGCCACCGAUGUCCGUUAACACCUCGGAGCAGCAGUGGGGAGCUGCCUCGCCGUUGCCGCCGGAGAGAUGUGUCGUAGAUGGGCACCUCAUCUACAUGGAUCAUCUCUGCCAGAAGUGCGAGGCCCAGAAGGGGCGUGGGUCAAAACGACGAGCGCAAGCGCAAAUCAUGCCGGUAAAGCCGUCUGGGAUUCACCGCGGUGACACGGACAUUGAUGAACGACGCAUUCGACAUAUCCGACUUGUGGAUGUCGACUAGCAAGAUUUGCGAUGAAGAUCACCUCCAACGGGGCAAAGGGAAUGCUGUUCGAGCGAAGUCAGCCCGGAGCAAACGGAAAACAAGC